CGAUCGUGCCUUCAUGUGCCUUCUCUACCAGCUGCCGAUGUGCCGCUCAUUUUUCCUCCACUAAGGAUUGUCUCCGAGUCCUCGGCAGCGCACGUGUGUAUAACUGAGUACCCGGCCUCUUCUCUUCGCAAGCUGCUCAGCACGGAGUAGUCGACUGUGCAUUGCCAAAAAGAUUUUUUUCUCUCUAUGGGCGGUUUCGAAUUUGCAUCUCUGCUGAGGUGAUCCAGGAAGGCACAGCAAGGUCCUUAUGACUGAGCUGCGAGGGCUGCUGAAGGUUCACUCACCUUGGUACUCUUAGUACCUCUUCGCUACCAGCACCGACUCUGUCGUAGAGACCUGCCAGUGAACAACGGCUGUGUGGAGGUGAGGUAGAUGCUACGAGUCACCGGUCAAAUCUCGUCUCUGUGUGUGCCCUCGUCUACCAGCUGGCAAAAAUAACUAUACAAUUUAUUCAUUUCUCCAGUGAAAAGCGCUGUGACAGGGAUGAGGAUCCGACUCCACUAGCAGGCAAGGCACUAUAAAACGGUUUAGCCAUUUUCCCAGACGAUUGUGAGCGAUUUAUCAGAUAUAUAUAUAUAUAUAUACAAAGUGGUGGCAAUGAUUUAAAAGCAUAAGAAAAUGAGUGAUGUGCAUUCAAAGUGUGGUGUGAGUAGUGUGGUGUAAGGGCAAAGUGUGGUACCAGAACAAUGGUGGAGAAUAUGGUGCUCUGUGAACAACCGCGGGGUCAUUGCCCCCUCCACCACCAUAAGAAGCCAACCUUCGUACUCUUUCAGGCACAUCUGUAGUCUUUUGCGAUCAUAUUUUCUUCAUUUUACUUUUCUUAUUUUCAGUUUACUCAUCUCCUGUUUCCUCUAGUGCGUCAGCACCACAGAGUAAUGGACAUACACAUCUGUGAUGGGGUAUUAAUCCUGAUUUGAAAGUUUGUGAGCGGGAAGAAGAUCUAUUGUUGGCCCCUACUGGAGCUGUUUGGGUAAAGUGAGUGCCUAGUCUAGUCCAGUAGACUGGUUACAACUUGAGUUCCUAUUAAGACCUCAGCUGUUGCUCCGCAGCGGAAUCGAUCUUCACGCAAUUUUCAUCCCACGCGUUGCGUAUCUGUGAAAUUAUAUAUAUGUAUCAUUCCAAGGAUUUACAAAUUGAAAAAAAGUUAUUAUUAUAAAAUGCUUAUACUUAUUUGGUGAAUAUAUUUGCAGAAGAAAAACUCAGUUGCUCAGUGUGUUUCAAGUUCAUUUUUCUUCCGGAGAAAACCAAAACAAUUCCAUAUCAGUGGUUAGAUAUUACUGUAUAUUAUGAUGACCUGGUGACGUGGUGAGCCCCAGCACAGGUGUGAGCAGGUGAGCAAAGGCACCUGUAGAGGUAGGGGGGAGGAGGAGGAGGAGGGGACCUCUUGUCUGCACCAAGAUGGACUCCAUCUGGUCCACCCGUCGCUAUGCACCCGUUACCGUUGACAUCGACCUCCUCACGCUCAAGGGAAAGAAAAUCCUGAAGGCAGCGUCGGAAAAGACCAAACGGACGAAGGCGCCACAGUACCUACACAAGAACCACUCACACCCGCAGAUACAAAUGGACCCGACGGAAGGACAGCCGCUGAAACAGACCUUGGAUCUUCCAGACAUUGCACCGGUAACCAUUGGCUGGCCGCGGCGACGCCCGUUGGACGUGGCGUUUAGCGACGUCAGUCUGAUGCUGGACAAAACGCCCAUUCUCUCUGGUGUGGGCGGCGGGUGCAAGCCAGGGGAGGUGUUGGCUAUCAUGGGUCCUUCAGGUUCGGGGAAGACGUCGCUUCUCAAUGCUAUCAGUGGGCGAGUGCGUCCCACUAGUGGAACCAUCACCAUAGGAGGGGCGCCACUUAACAAACGCCAUAAACGUCAGAUCUGCUAUGUCCUGCAGGAUGAUAUCUUCUAUGCUAAUCUUACAUUAAGACAAACCCUUGUGUACACAGCACUUCUCCGACUACCAGACAGCAUGACGUACCAAGAGAAAAUGAAUCUUGUGGACCAUAUCCUCAAUUUACUUGACCUCAAGCACUGCCAAGACACGAUUAUUGGUAAGGUGUUAAAUAGAGGCCUUUCUGGUGGAGAAAGAAAAAGAACAAAUAUUGCUUGUGAAUUGCUGACCAACCCUUCCAUUAUGCUUCUUGAUGAACCAACAUCAGGGUUAGAUUCUAGUACAGCACACAGCUUGAUAUCGACGCUUAAGCAGUUUGCCGAGAAAGAACACAAAACUGUUAUAGUAACUCUUCAUCAACCCUCCUCACAAAUUUUUUAUAUGGUUGAUCGGUUACUUUUACUCUGCAAUGGUCAAAAUGCAUAUUUUGGGGACACAAGAAAAGUUGUUGAGCACUUUUCCAGUCUAGGUCUUCCAAUCGCCCCUCACUACAAUCCAGCUGACUUUAUAUUGGAGCAAGUUAAAGGACCACCUGAAGUGCAAGAACGAUUAAUUCAGGGUGCAAAAGAAGGAAUAAGAUUGAAUUUUAAUCUCCCGCAGAAUAUUACACUCCAGACAUCCCCAUCCAUAAACUCUCUCUACUCCAAAUACCUUUCUCUACCAGCUAUUCAUGUAAGAACAGGAAUAGACACUAAUCAUUGUUCAUGGAACAAUGAGUGCUCCGCAUGCCAACAACAGAGUCAACAUUAUCAACAAAAGUGUUCAACUGAAGUCUCUGUCACUAUAGAUAUAGACAAAAAAGAAUCUCCAAUAUAUAACAAAAUAGUUGUGGGUGAAGAAGAAGACAGCGGCCGUUCAUCAUGGUCGGAGGAGACGGGAAGUGAAACAUCACGAUCUACUUCACGAUGUGAGGAGUAUUCAGACAUGCAGUGGCCAACUUCUUUCUUUACACAAUUUAAGGUACUAACGCAACGGAACUUUUGUGUUGCUCGACCCAUCAUCCUGUCGUGGCUGAAUGGGGCACAGACCCUGAUCUUGGCUGUAAUUGCAGGGCUUCUCUGGUAUCAAGCACCACGCACUGAAGAAAGUCUUCAAGACAUCCAGGGAUGGAUGUUUUUCUCUACUCAUUACUGGAUGUUGUUCAUACUAUUUGCUGCACUUCAGUCAUUUCCAGCUGAACGUGAAGUGAUAACAAAAGAACGUGCCAGUGGCUCGUACCGAGUGAGUGCCUACUACUUAGCGAAGAUGGUAGGAGAACUACCGCUAACAUUCACACUGCCAACCAUAUACUUCUUCAUUUCAUAUACGAUGAUGGGUUGGGACAACAUCAUCACUGGGUUUAUGCUCCUCUUCAUGCUGCUGCUAAAUACUCUAGUUGCACAGAGUGUGGGCCUACUUAUAGGAGCAGUGUGCUAUGAUCUACAAGUUGGCAUUACCAUUGCAGCAAUUUUUACACUCUUCACGCAGCUAUUUGGGGGAUAUCUAGCCAAUAGAAUCCCACCAUGGCUUGUCUGGGCCAAGUACUUAUCCAUGGUCCACUAUGCCUUUCAAAACAUGAAUAUAAUUCAGUUUACAUAUGGAAUGAAAAUAAGUUGUUCGACGGAGAAUUCACGCUUCAACAGCUGUGUUGAAAUUUUGCCCUCUGAUGGGGAUUCCCAUUCCAUUCCCAUAAAUGAAAUUCUGGCAGAGAGAGGAGAACCUCUUCCUCUUUGGGUUAACACUGCAAUUCUUGUUGGAUUUAUGAUUGCAGUGCGUUUUCUGACCUACGUAAUGCUCAGAUUCCUUCAUCGCCCAAAGUAGCAUCAGUUAUAAAUAUAAUAUAUUCCACAAAUUGAUCCAUUCUGGAUUUAUAAUGCUCAGAUUUUUAUAGUAUGUUCUAAUACUAAGCUAAAAUUAUGCAAGAUAAAUAAAGGUGAAGGAUUUUCUUCAGUUCCUUGGUGAAGGUAAAUAGGUUGCAUGGGAUACAGGUGAGCAACUAAGCUGUAUCAUGCAAGGCUGUGAUCUAUUUAACCUGAUUGCUUCCAAACUGUGAGGGAGGAAACAUGUGUGAAGACAUAUAUACUGUGCUCUGAACCUUUUAACUUAUGCACUCACACACAUACUGUGACUGAGAAGCAGCUGGUAAACAUUGCUAGUUGAUGAAUUAUGUGGAAAGAAUUCAGCUAACUUUCUCAGACUCAAAGACUGCUAGUGAUUUAAGUGUAUUCAGGUAAUCAAGAGGAAAAGGGAAAAAAAGUGUUCCAAAUUAAGCCAUUGCAAGAGUUGGAUCUAUGUUAUAAUAGUGUUCAUCUUUUUAUAUAUGCAUCAGUUAGAAAAACUGAAACCUUGGUUUAUGGUUUUUCUUUAUUAAGAAAUACUAGAUCAAAGAAUGAAAUGUGGUUCAAAGGGUAUUUGUAAUGAACAUGUUUUGACUGUAAUUAAUUAGGCUACAUACAUUAUUCAUGCUCUUUAUUAUGUACAAGAUCAUGUACAGUAAUAAAGUAAUGAUACAGAUGUAAAACUAAUUGUCAAGUUGAGUUUAAUUACACAAGGAUUUUUGUUUUAUACAAAACUUUUAUAAACUGAUUAUAAAAGAUUCUAUAAUGCAAAAAUUGUCUCCAAAUUACAAACACAGGUUCCAAUAAUAAGCUGAAGAGUAAAGGAACAAUUUCAUUCUAAAUCAUCCCCAUAUAUUACAUUUGUACUGGUAUUACAAUUAAAUGUGAAACCGGAAAAUGUAUAUCCAUAUAAGUUGUUAUAGAAUCGAUGAGAAUUGUGAAAAUACGAAAUGCUUUAUUUGCUGGUGAAGACACAAAAAACAAAGCACUACAUACAAAACCCAGGAAGGAAAAAGAAAUUAAAAGACAACCAGCUUUUGCAUUCACUGAUAACUGUGAAUUGCACAUGUAAGUCAAUAGAUGCAAGACUGAUAACUGUAUUGCAUGUGGAAGUCACCAGAUGCAAGACUGUGAUAACUGUAUUGCAUGUGGAAGUCACCAGAUGCAAGACUGUGAUAACUAUAUUGCAUGUGGAAGUCACCAGAUGCUAGACUGUGAUAACUGUAUUGCAUGUGGAAGUCACCAGAUGCAAGACCGUGAUAACUGUAUUGCAUGUGGAAGUCACCAAGUGCAACAUUGUGAUAACUGUGUAUUGCAUCAGAAGAUAAACUUAUUUCAAGAUCUCAUAUGGAGAUCAUUGAAUGCAUGUGUAACUGACUAGCUGAAGUCAAACUCAUCAAUGGAUUACGAAUUGUAAUUUUGCGCAAUAAUGCACAAAAAAGAAAACUCUUGUGGUGUUAUGGUCAUAUGUACAGAAAAGAAAUGCUGUGCAAGGUACUUUAGUAAGAAAAGUGUUAAAUAAUCUAUUUAACUCUAAGAUUAGAGUGCAUGUGAGGUGCUUUGAAAAAAAAUAAUAGAAAACUGAGCAGACAAUCUACAGUUAGCAAAGUGAAGGAUAUGAUAUACUGCCAAUAUUGCUUAACAAAAUGCCUAAACUGUAGAGAGCAUAAAUACAAGUGUUGGAUAAAGUGAAGGAUAGAAAACAGAGGCUGAAGCUGUGGUUGUGCCAAUCUAUGUGACACAUACAAGACAUCAUCAGGUUCUUUUUAACCAUAUAAUUUUUACUGGUAUAAGAAGCAUUUUCUUAAGAGGAAAAUCUUUGUAUGUAGAACCAUUAGUAGUAUAAUGGCUAAUAUUCUUCGUGAGAAUCUUCAUUAGUUACCAGUCACAACUUGAGCUUAGUUUCACUUUAGACUCUUGUGUCAGUUUACAGAGAAACGGGUCUUACUUUUUAUAUUACUGAUUCCAUUUCUUCUCAUGCCCUGUAAAUUUAUAUAUAGUGCAAAUUCUAACGGAAAUGUUAUGCUUUCAGUAUAUGUUACAGGGAGUGAAAUUAUCUGUAUCAAAAGGAGUUGUGCCAUGAGAAGGGAUGCCAAUCUGUCACACAGACAUUUGCACAAUAAAAUUAUGUAACUGAUAUCAGAGGCUUCGAAUGUCAUUACAAAGCCAAGCAGUUGUUUCCAUAUUUCUUUCUGUAUUAAUGUUUAUUACAUAUUUAUGUUAUAAAUAGCCAAAAUAGCAAAAAGUAUAUGUUUUCAAUUUGGAAUAUACUGUAUUGUAAAAGUUCAGUCCAACCAAGAUAAUUCCAAUGUAUUCAUAAAUAGGACAAAAGCUAUGGUUUAAUUAAUGACAAGGGCCACUGUUGAGGACUCCUGUUUUUAUAAUGCUAAAAGGAAAUACUGUAUGCAGUAUAUAUAUAUAUAUAUAU